AUGCCGGCGUACGGUGGUUUUCAGUUUGCACUGGAGCUUUCAAACGUCCUCCCUCUCAGGCAGCUUGCGGCUUCCACAUACGAAAUGCUACUCAACAUGGCUCGCGAGCUUCAAAACUCGGGUUCUGGUAUAGUUGUUGAGGCUGACCUGGCAAGCAUCUUUGGUCGGAGUCGUGUUUCCCUUGAACUGGAAAAGGCCUUCAAGACCAAAGUCCACAUUAGCAAGAUCACUCCACUACGUGAGGGCUCAGAAAUUCAGCUGCGAACCGGCCCCGGCCCAACAGUGACACGAGCGUUUGAGGAUACGCAAUAUUUUGCGACUAUAGUCACUCUAUCAGCACUGUGCUACUUUAUCCCGAGGGAAAAUCUUGCCAGAAUGAUCGCCAGUGCGAUGCUAACGCGAUACGAAGCUGGAGUCCCAGGGGCAGACAAGCCUCCUCCGUACGCAGACAUUGAAAGCACAUUAGCGGCUUGCUGUACUCAAUGUGGCGAGUUUCAGUGGGAGCCAUAUCGUGCAGAGAUUGAGAAGCGGCUUCGAGUGUCAAUGCAAGAUUAUAGCUGGAGCUCCUACUAUACACGACUCACGCCUGCGGCGAUCAUGGGAGCCAUGGACUUCUUCUAUGCUGUCAAACAUGAGCCAUCACGCAGAAUAGUCACAAUCUCCUCUCAAGCCGGAUUUAUUCCUCUGACUAUCUGGGCUCAUUACAUUUUGAGCCUCGAUGUUAUUAUCACUGGUCUUCCUGGUGAAGACGUUGUCUUCGGGAAUGCGGAGCGGCCACACGUUUUCAUCCGCUGGAGGAGCUCUGACCUUCCUGAUAGGGAAGAGCUGAAUUGGAGCCAGGAGGGGGAUGAAGACGGCCCUGAAGUCUGCCUCCAUGAGACAGACAUGACCAUUCUUCUGAUCUCGAAACCAGAAGACCACGACUCUGACAGCCUAUACUCGGCCGAGAGGCACACAUUGGCAGGUUAUGGCACGGUCUUCUUGCGUCGCAGUUUGAACGUUGAUAUAAUUAUAAGCGAUGAUGACGAUAUCUAUGGGGAGUUGGUAGCCCUGAUAGUUGGAUUCGCAACCGCCGCUUCACAGAGAAUGGCCCGGGAGCUGCCAGAUCCUGUACCGCAGGGACCGGACGAAAUCGAAAAGACUGGGCAAAUAAUACGACUGGAAGCAUGGAGAUUGACGAGCGCUGCCAAGUUGCUCUUCGACGGCAUUACCAUCGACUUGGUCCUUUGCUGGAACUACGCUAUGUUUUUCUCGGAACACCCCUUAUCUGAAUCCAGGCUGCCUGCAAACUUUGAUUCAUUCUUUGCACGAGUCCCAAGCCACCGUCCUCAGUUCUCUGCGGCAGCGCGAAUGGUACGACUCAUUGAAAACGCCGCAAAGCUUGUGUUGAUCUUCGCCCAUGUCGUGGAGGUAGACAAAUGUGGGGACAUGCCACUGAUAAUGACCGACGAUAUUGCCUCCUUCACGAACCUCAUACGUGAGGUUCGGAAGGAAGAUGGUCAUCUGGGCCUGAUUCGAUGGGAUGAGGUAUUCGAUGGGGUAUCUAGACUGCUCUCAUCUACCAAAUCCUUGUCUCAGGACAAGACACGCCGUUUUGCCGCCGCCGAAUUCCUCUGCAGCGACUUUGGAUGGUCUGUGCUUCUGAACACGUAUGGGGAGCUCGACCCAGGCGAUAUUCAGCCUGAGUUCGUCCGCAUUCGCAAAGGUACACCCACACAUUCAAAAACACAGGAACGCAAGUUGCGAAUUGUCGAUAGGAGUAUUGCUGAAAGGAGUGCAAAGUCAUAUGUCUUUCCUAUUGAGAGGGGACUAGAGUACACACCCCGCACAUUUGCGAAGAGCACUUCCAUGAAGGAGUACUAUACGACUCUUUCGCGCGAGUUCCAAGUCGUUCUUAUCAUUUCAUUCGAAUCGACUAGUGAGUGGCAGGAGCAUGGCGGUUCCAAAUCCUUCGAGCAAAACCUGGCCUACGGCAGAAUGGCUGAGCAUUUGUUCAACACCCAUCUCAUUCCAGAAUGCAGCCACAUAAACAAGAACCACUGGGAGCAUACAAGGAAGAUCAAGCUCGGUCCAGAUGCGGUUGCAAUGCUCAGUGGAUUCGAAGAACUGGAGGAUGGUAUAACCCUGCCGGAGAGGAUAGUUAUCGCACUGACGAGGGGUGAUUCCUACAUCCGCUGGCAUGCGAUUAUACGUUUGGCGUCCGAGGUAUACCAGUCGAGGCGGAAGAUAGCACUACGGUCGCAUUCAUGUUGCGAGCCCUGUGCUCUUGACUUUGUAGCUUCACAACCAGGGAAGUGGUACCUCAUUCUGUAG